AUGGUUCUUAAGUUAUAUCAUUUUCCCCUGAGCUCGCCAUCGCGUGCAGCUUACAUGUCAGUAAAAGCUGUUGGCAUUCCUGCCGACAUAAUAAUUGUGGAUUUAUUAAAAAAAGAGCAGCUUAGCGAAAGUUUUGUUAAAAUUAACCCACAACACUGUAUACCUACAAUUGAUGACGAUGGUUUUGUAUUAUGGGAAAGCAAAGCUAUUGCCUGCUAUUUGGCAGAGAAACAUGGAAGAGAUGAUCUUUAUCCAAAAGACUUGAAACGCCGUGCGGUCGUUAACCAACGUCUUUACUACGAUAGCUCUAUGUUGUAUCCACGAAUUAGAGCUAUAAAUUAUCCAAUUUUAUUUCAAGGUGUCAAGGAAAUUAAGAAGGAGUUGGCAGAUGAUUUGAAUGUGCAGCUUGGAUUUUUGAAUCACUACUUGGGUGAGAGUAAAUGGGUUGCUGGAGAUGAAAUGACAGUUGCUGAUAUUGCUAUUGCUGCUUCUAUAUCGACAGUUAUGGCUGUUGGAUGGGAUUUUUCUGCAUUUCCCAAUAUUCAAAAAUGGUUUAGCAACUGUGAGACAAUUCCUGGUUUCCAAGAUAAUAUGGAAGGUGCCAAGAAAUUUGGAGACGCCGUGAGAAAAAACUUGGAAUAA